AUAGGCCCGUCCAAACACAAUCACAUCUUCAGCCCAUCCAAAUUUGGGGAAGGUGAAUUUCAAGUUUGAGAAUUAAUAGAGAAUUAGAGCAAAGAAUCUGGGAUUUGGAGUGGAGUCCAAACUUUCAAAAUUCUUCUUCAUAAAGCAUAAGAACAAAUCGGAUCGAAGAAGAAGGGUGAAUAAGGAUAUGGACGUCAUAAAAUCGCAACAAAUUUCAUCUCGGCCGAUCGAGAAGGUGGUCGUCCACCCGCUGGUUCUCCUCAGCGUCGUCGAUCACUACAACCGCGUCGCUCGCGACACUAAGAAGCGCGUCGUCGGCGUCUUGCUCGGAAGUUCAUCAAGAGGCACCGUCGAUGUUACCAACAGCUACGCAGUUCCCUUUGAAGAAGAUGACAAGGAUCCUAGCAUCUGGUUCCUUGACCAUGACUACCAUGGAUCAAUGCUUUCCAUGUUCCGGAGAAUAAAUGCCAAGGAGCAUGUUGUUGGCUGGUAUAGUACUGGUCCAAAACUACGUGAAAAUGACCUUAACAUCCAUGCACUCUUCAAUGACUAUGUUACUACUCCAGUCUUGGUUAUUAUUGAUGUGCAGCCUAAAGAGCUUGGCAUACCAACUAAAGCAUAUUAUGCGGUUGAGGAAGUCAAAGAGAAUGCAACUCAAAAGAGUCAGAAAGUCUUUGUACAUGCCACCUCAGAAAUUGCUGCUCAUGAAGUUGAAGAGAUUGGGGUUGAGCACUUGCUGAGGGAUGUCAAGGACACUACAAUCAGUACUCUUGCAACCGAGGUAACUGGGAAACUUGCAGCAUUGAAGGGGUUGGACGCUCGCCUUCAAGAGAUACGGAGUUACCUUGAACUUGUCAUCGAUAGCAAACUUCCACUGAAUCACGAAAUUCUCUAUCACCUACAGGAUGUUUUCAAUCUACUUCCCAAUCUUAAUGUGGCCGAGUUAAUUAAAUCAUUUGCAGUUAAAACAAAUGAUAUGAUGUUGGUCAUAUAUUUGUCUUCACUUAUUCGAAGCGUGAUUGCCCUGCACAACUUAAUUAACAACAAGCUGCUUAACAAGGAACAUGAGAAGGCAGAAGACUCAAAGCCUGUUGUUGCUGUGCCUGCUGCUGCUGGAAGCUAGGGAACAAAACUUUGUGUAUCAUAGCUUUGGUCUUCCCCUUUUUCCCUACACAACUAAAAUGGGUUAAAUCUUUCAGAUUUCAUUAGAGUUGAUUUAUAUAGUUAUGUUUUUUUUUCUACUGUUAGACAAUGUUUUAUUAUUCUGAGGGACGUGCACCUAUGGGGCCAUGUGAAAACCUCAUGAACAUCUAAACUUUUUGGCUUUGCGUAGUGUGUGACACCUAGGCAUUUUGAUGCAUCAAUCAUAACAAGACUCGUUAAAAUUUGACCCGGCAUGUUUUUUGCCUUUUGAGAUUGAGAUUCCACCAUCGGACACCGGGUUUUGAUCUACAUAU